AACAUUAUACUUGUGAAAUUAUUCCUUCAAUCCGUGGAAACCCCACAAUCAACGUUCACGGUUUUAUUAUGAUAAAGGAUAAAAAUAAAAGAGAUCUAUAUUAUUGGUAUUGUGAGAAGCAUGUUACUUUUAAUUGUGGUAGACAUGCUACUACUAUACUAGUUAGAGGAAAGCAUAUUUUGCGACAAGCAGGAGGACAUAAUCAUGCUGCUGAUGCAAGUCGAGCUGGCCUUCCUUCUGGUUCAAAUUCAUUAGGUGAAUUUGUCAUUCUUGAUGAUUUAAAAAAGACUUUAGAUGGCUCAGACUUCUUAAUUAAAGAUUUGGCUAUUGACUUUAGCAAAGAUCAUAAUAUUUAUUUACAACCUGAAUUCGUUUUGACAGAUUUUGAGCUUGCUUCUAUAAAUGCAUUACAAAAUG